UAAAAACGAAAAUAUUUUUUACUUUUUUACAAAUCUCAACAGUUUUUAUUCUAUUUUGCCCGCAUAAUAUGCUAGUAUUAAUUAGGAAACACAACUUUAAUUAGAAUUUACGUAACACAGGUAUUGAAAUGAACAAAGACGAAGAGUUGAGGCGAGAGAUUGCUUAUCUCAGCAACCUUAUUGCAUCACACAAGCAUGGCACACAAACCUAUAAAGACACUUCAUUUAAUUCAAGAAAGUAUUUUCCCCAACAUUCUACUUUCAACAGAAUGCAUAGAAAACCAGCUGCCAGCUUUGCACCAUACAAGCAUUGGAAACAAACCAACAAGUCUAAUGUAUCUUCUUCUUGUGAUUUGAAUGCAAACAGAUACACAUGGACACAGAAACCUAUUCAGAGUGGACUAAAAUCACACAGUCAUUUAAAACACCUGUCAAAGACAAUCAAAAAGCAUCCUGGACAAAAGAACACCCCUACUGUGAGCACACUACCCAUUAAAAAAAUGAAACAGGAAACAAAUCCAAAAACUUUACUAAAAAAGUCAAAAUCUAGUCCAAGCAGUCAGACGAAAUACAAAUGGGAAAGCAGAAAAAGUAAUGUUUCACCAAAAUCAAGAUUAAAGACCAUUCGAAGUGUAACUCCACACAAAGUGAACAACAUCAAAUCACCAAACUCACUGCACAAGCCAUCUAUGAUCAAAAUUUCAACAGGACAUGCGAAAAAUUUCACUGUGUCUGGUUUAAAACAAAGCAAGGUAACGGUUGGUCAUCGAUUGGUGAGCAAAUACAAGAUGAGAAGAAUGCCUGUCACUGCUAAAUUAAGGUCACCAAAGAUGAACAUUAGCAGAAACCCCUACCAAGUGUUGAAGGCAGAUCCACACAAACACAAACGCAUAACAAGUGUAAGAAACUGUGUUUUGCGGAAACAAUAUAAGAAAAUUAACAACACUCAAAAUGUUCCUAAACAUGCGGAAUUAUACAAAUUCUCAUUCCUUCAUCUUCCAAAAAGACACAACACUAUUUUUUCAAGUCGAUAUAAAUUGUUAAAGCCCAAGCUGCUACAAACACAAACAAGAAGUUUAAAAUCAGGAAACAUUGUUCUAAGGAGAAAGCAGAUACAAGCUGUUCCCAUAUCCAAACCUGUUGCCCAUUUUCAUUCUGUCAAACAGAAGCUAGCAAGCCAAGCCUUGCAUAGAAGCAUUCAAACUGCGCGCUGCAGGGGUCGGAAUAAAGUACUUCGAAAGUUUUGUAUAUAUUAUAACAGAUUUGGUCGUUGUAACAGAGGAACUAAAUGCCCAUAUACUCAUGAUCCAGACAGAGUUGCUCUAUGCACAAAGUUUUUAAGAGGUACUUGUCGAAUCGAGAAUUGUCCAUUUUCUCAUAAACUCUCCAAGGAAAAGAUGCCUGUAUGUAGCUUUUUCCUAAGAGGCAAAUGUGCAACAAAAGAUUGUCCCUACCUCCAUGUGUUUGUUGGUCAUACUGCUGCACUAUGCAAAUCAUUCGCCACUGACGGAUACUGCGCUAAAGCUGAUUCGUGCAAAGAGAAACAUAUCCGUGCCUGUUACGAAUUUUAUGAAACUGGUAUUUGUAAAAACCAGGAUAAAUGCAAACUGCCUCACAAGCAUAAAACUUUCAAGCCCACUAGCAAGCCAAGAAAAACUCUUCAAAAUGAAAACCGCGAUGUAAAAUUGGAAGCUGGUUUUAUGAGUUUUCUUCAACAAAAACCGGUGUCCCAACCAAAACCAUUGAUAGAUGAUAUUAAACCAGAUUGCUCUAAAUUGCGGAUUCAACCAAGACUUGGGAAGCAUAGGAGAGCUGCCGCACCCUAGAAAGGUGGUAUAUCUACCUCGUAUUUUGGUUUUAACCUCUAGGUCCAUGUGCAGUGUUAUUUUUUAGUGAUUAAAAUAUUUGCAUUGCAAUUUUUCCCAUGUUUUGAGUCAUAGGUGAAUAAAAUAUCUAUUAC